AUGGCCGGGCCAUGGCGGCGGGCGCAGGUUGCGUGCGGCUGUGGGGCGCUACGCGGGGUUGGGCGCUGCGGCGGCCGCUGUUGGCUGCGGCCGGGGGGCGGGUCCCCAGCACGGCCGGGGCGUGGGGAGCCCGAGGCCGGCCGGCCUGCGAGGCGUCGCCCCCUUGGGCGCUGUGGGGCCGGGGCCCCGCGCCCGCCGGCCGCUGGCGGAGCUUGUGGGACGCGGACAGCCGGGGCGGCGGCGGCGGCGGCGGCGGUGGCGGCGGGGAGGCGGCCGAGGGCGGCGGCGCGGAGGACGGGGCGGGCGGCGGGGACGGCCCGGUCAUCACGGCGCUCACGCCCAUGACCAUCCCGGACGUGUUCCCGCACCUGCCGCUCAUCGCCGUCACCCGCAACCCCGUGUUCCCGCGUUUCAUCAAGAUCAUCGAGGUAAAAAAUAAGAAGCUGGUGGAACUGCUGAGGAGGAAGGUCCGCCUUGCCCAGCCCUACGCUGGCGUCUUCCUGAAGCGAGAUGACAGCAACGAGGCGGACGUGGUGGAGAGCCUGGGUGAGGUAUACCGCACGGGGACCUUCGUGCAGAUCCACGAGAUGCAGGACCUGGGCGACAAGCUUCGCAUGAUCGUCAUGGGGCACAGGAGGAUCCACAUCAGCCGGCAGCUGGAGCCAGAGGCGGAGGAGCCGGAGGCCGAGCAGAACAAGGGGCGGCGCAAGGCCAAACGGGGCCGCAAGGAGGCAGGCGUCUCAGCGGAGGCGGUGGCCGGGCUGGAGGUCCCCGGGGGCGGCCCCGGCGAGGUGCUGAUGGUGGAGGUGGACAACGUGGUCCACGAGGACUUCCAGGUCACCGAGGAGGUCAAGGCCCUGACGGCCGAGAUCGUCAAGACCAUCCGAGACAUCAUCGCCCUUAACCCGCUCUAUCGGGAGUCUGUGCUCCAGAUGAUGCAGGCGGGCCAGCGCGUGGUGGACAACCCCAUCUACCUCAGCGACAUGGGCGCCGCGCUCACCGGGGCCGAGUCCCACGAGCUGCAGGACGUGUUGGAGGAGACCAAUAUCCCCAAGCGGCUGUACAAGGCCCUCUCCCUGCUCAAGAAGGAGUUUGAGCUGAGCAAGCUGCAGCAGCGUCUCGGCCGCGAGGUCGAGGAGAAGAUCAAGCAGACGCACCGCAAGUACCUGCUGCAGGAGCAGCUGAAGAUCAUCAAGAAGGAGCUGGGGCUGGAGAAGGAGGACAAGGACGCCAUCGAGGAGAGGUUCCGCGAGCGGCUGCGGGGGCUGCGGGUGCCGCCGCACGUCAUGGCCGUGGUGGACGAGGAGCUGGGCAAGCUGGGCCUGCUGGACAACCACUCGUCCGAGUUCAACGUCACCCGGAACUACCUGGACUGGCUGACGUCCAUCCCGUGGGGCAAGUCGAGCGAGGAGAACCUGGACCUGGCGCGGGCGCAGGCAGUCCUGGAGGAGGACCACUACGGCAUGGAGGACGUCAAGAGGCGCAUCCUGGAGUUCAUCGCCGUCAGCCAGCUCCGGGGCUCUACGCAGGGCAAGAUCCUCUGUUUCUACGGGCCGCCCGGCGUGGGCAAGACCUCCAUCGCUCGCUCCAUCGCCCGCGCCCUCAACCGCGAGUACUUCCGCUUCAGCGUGGGGGGCAUGACGGACGUGGCUGAGAUCAAGGGCCACAGGCGGACCUACGUGGGCGCCAUGCCGGGCAAGAUCAUCCAGUGUCUGAAGAAGACCAAGACGGAGAACCCGCUGGUCCUCAUUGACGAGGUGGACAAGAUCGGCCGCGGCUUCCAGGGGGACCCCUCGUCGGCGCUGCUGGAGCUGCUGGACCCCGAGCAGAACGCCAACUUUCUGGACCACUAUCUGGACGUGCCCGUGGACCUGUCCAAGGUGCUGUUCAUCUGCACGGCCAACGUGACGGACACCAUCCCCGAGCCCCUGCGGGACCGCAUGGAGAUGAUCAACGUGUCAGGCUACGUGGCCCAGGAGAAGCUGGCCAUCGCCGAGCGGUACCUGGUGCCGCAGGCGCGCGUCCUGUGCGGCCUGGACGAGAGCCGCGCGCGCCUGUCGCCGGAGGUGCUGUCGCUGCUCAUCAGGCAGUACUGCCGCGAGAGCGGGGUGCGCAACCUGCAGAAGCAGGUGGAGAAGGUGCUGCGCAAGGCGGCCUACAGGAUCGUGAGCGGCGAGGCCGCGGCCGUGGACGUGACGCCCGAGAACCUGCAGGACUUCGUGGGGAAGCCGCUGUUCACGUCGGAGCGCAUGUACGGGGCCACGCCGCCCGGUGUGGUCAUGGGGCUGGCCUGGACCGCCAUGGGGGGCUCCACGCUGUUCGUGGAGACGUCGCAGCGGCGGCCGCGGGCCCGGCAGGACGGGCAGGACGGGCAGGGCGGGCAGGACGGGAGCCUGGAGGUGACGGGGCAGCUGGGGGACGUGAUGAAGGAGAGCGCCCGCAUCGCCUACACCUUCGCGCGCGCCUUCCUCAUGGAGCGCGACCCCGACAACGACUUCCUGCUGGCCGCGCACCUGCACCUGCACGUGCCCGAGGGCGCCACCCCCAAGGACGGGCCGAGCGCGGGCUGCACCAUCGUGACGGCGCUGCUGUCGCUCGCCCUGGACCAGCCGGUGCGCCAGGACCUGGCCAUGACGGGCGAGGUGUCGCUGACCGGCAAGGUGCUGCCGGUGGGCGGCAUCAAGGAGAAGACGAUCGCGGCCAAGCGCGCGGGCGUGACGUGCGUGGUGCUGCCCGCCGAGAACCGCCGCGACUUCCUGGAGCUGCCGGGCUUCCUGCGCGACGGGCUGGAGGUGCACUUCGCCGCGCACUACCGCGACGUCUUCCCCGUCGCCUUCCCCGCGCAGCCCCGCGCGCUGGCGCUGCAGCGCUGA